AUGAAAUUCUCUACUGUCACCACCCUUGCCGCUGUUGCUACCGUUGCUUUCGCUGACACCACUUCUGAUGGCGUCACUUACGUCGACGUCACCACUACCCCACAGAGAACCACAUCUAUGGUGUCCACCGUAAAAACCACUUCAACUCCGUACACGACAAGUACCAUUGCCACCUUAUCUACUCAACCCAUCAGCGUCCAUGCUAACACCACUACUCAAUCCACAAGCAGCCAUGCUAACACCACUACUGAAGGUAUCAGCACAUACGUUGGUGCUGCUGCCAAGGGCUCUUUUGCCGGCCUAUGUGCCAUUGUUGGUGCUGCCGCCUUUGCUUUGUUAUAG